GAACCUUGUAAUAAAGCAUCUUCUCGCUACUCGUGUCUUCUCUCUGGUCUUCAAGUUGCUGAGUAGUGCUAGCCUGGGGUUGUCCGAAUAGCUUAGGAUCUGAAUAUAGCGUUCAACCCACAAGACAUAUCAGUGGCGACGGGGAAAAACUACAAGACAUAUCACUGGCGACGAGAAAAAAAAAUGACAAUGAGUAUUUCUUUAGAGCAAUUUGAAGCUUAUAUGGAGCGUCAAGAAAAACGGUUUGAAUAGUCUCAAAUCAGAGUCAUGGAAGCUCUUAUGCAGAAAUUAUUUAUGUCUCAACAAAACUCUGCUGCUGGUGAAUUUCAAGUAUCUCAUACUGACUCAGUUAUUAACGCAAUCCAUGAAUUUAAUUUUGAUGGUGCAGCAGGUGUCACUUUUAACUCUUGGUUUAAGAAGUAUGAAGAUUUGUUUCAUAUUGAUCUCUGCAGACUGGAUGACGCUUCAAAAGUCAGAAUACUUCUAAGAAAGCUUGGGACAACAGAACAUGAACGCUAUAGUAACUUUAUUCUCCCGAAGAACCCACGAGACUUUAGUUUUGAUGAAACAAUUCAAACCCUGUUUCAAAUCUUUGGAGAACAGUCGUCUCUAUUUAAUAUCCGUUACCAGUGCUUGAAGAUAACGAAAGAAUCAGGAGAUGACUGGGUGAAACAUUCAGGUAUUGUGAACCGAGAAUGCGAGAGGUUCAAUUUGUCUUCCAUGUCUGAAGACCAGUUUAAAUGCUUAGUAUUUGUCUGUAGCCUGCGUUCACCUGAGGAUGCUGACAUCCGAACGAGAAUCCUAAGCAAACUUGAGCAUUGUCCCAACAUGACCCUGCAGGAAGUGACUAAUGAAUGUCAAAGGUUAGUGAAUUUGAAGCACGAUACCUCGAUGGUAGAAAACACUAACCAGUUCCUCCACGUUAAUGCUGUUGAGAGGAAAGUCGAGCAAGGUUCCAGUAUACAGAAUUACCGAAAUGACUGCGGUAAACCAUCAUCCCCAUGCUGGUUAUGCGGAGGUUGGCAUUUCAAAAGGUUUUGUCUGUUUAAAAGUCAUCGUUGUACUACGUGUUCCAGGAAAGGACACAAAGAAAGUCAUUGCAAAACCCGUAAACGUCGUCAACCUAAAGUUUAUUCUAAAAGAUUCAAGCCACGCACAGCCAAGGUGACGGUAGCUGCUAACAGAAUCGGCUCCCAUAAUCGUAGAAAGUAUGUUUCCCUCAAGAUUAACGGGUACGAUGCCCGCUUACAGCUAGACACAGCCUCCGAUAUAACGCUUAUAAGCAGGAGGACGUGGGAGAAAAUUGGGAGGCCGAGAAUAUUUUCAACCUAUCAGACAGCACACGGCGCAUCUGGGGGGAUUAUAGACAUUGCUGGUGAGGUUCACUGUAAAAUCACAGUCGCAGAGCUUACAAAGAAGGGAGUAAUAUUUUUAACAGAACGACCAGCACUCGACUUAUUGGGACUUGAUUGGAUAGAAAAAUUGAAAUUAUUAGAUCGUCCCAUAAAUUCAUUCUGCAACAACGGCACUAUGUCGAAAGUUGGGGACCCAACAUUGUUUCGUGGGGGAGGUUGAAGUCAGCAAAUGCAGUCUGGAUACCUACCCCGCUUCUUCAAAAAAGGGGAGGUGUUAAGUCGGUUUCCAGAGAACUCCAACAGAGCCUCCAGAGGCUCAAAAAGAGCUCCAACCAAUCAGAGCACGACAGAACAUUCUGGAGUUCCAACGUGGCAUGCUACCAUUGGUCAGUAGCAAUAUAUGUCGUUUAUUGGAUUGGCUGAAUUAGGAUGUUGAUUUAACUUAAGCAAACAUCUAUAAAUACUUACGAUUUUUCUGUACAAAACUGAACCUUGUAAUAAAGCAUCUUCUCGCUACUCGUGUCUUCUCUCUGGUCUUCAAGUUGCUGAGUAGUGCUAGCC